UGCUUUCCAGUACCAGGGUAUUUAGUUAAGCAGAUUGUGUUUCCUUACACCCCGUGAUGAUCUCUCUUGACGGCGGUUGGUGACAAGUGGCUUGGGGGGACAGCAGCAAUCACACAAACAGAGAUAUGAGCAUGCAUACAAACCACAUAAUAACAAGAUGGGAUACAGCACUGCCGGGAUCAUGAAUUACUGUACUGUCGAAUGAAGAAUUGGUAGCACUGGACCAGUGACAUCUCUAUCCUAUCCUCUGUCCACUAACCAUGUGUGCAGAGGAAAUGCAAGGAUGGACAGUAAAAAUGAGCACGCCGAGUGUUUUGGCCAUGGUGACAGUCUUUUCUAUGAUUCCUGGCGGGGUGCUGAGCGAUAUGAGAGGUACUCAGGGUCUGGAAACUCAACAAUUGGCCCAGGGGCCCACUCAUCUGCACCGUCGCCUGAAGAGAGGCUGGAUCUGGAAACAGCUGUUUGUCCCCGAGGAAGAUCCCACUCCUCGUGUUAUUGGCCAGCUCAGAUCUGAUUCUGACCGAGGCGAGUUUUCCAUCAAGUACAUAUUAUCAGGAGAAGGCGCCGGAGAUGUGUUUGAGAUAGAUGAGUAUUCCGGUGAAAUCCGGACAUUGAAGAAGCUUGACCGUGAGGAAAAGGCCUUCUAUGUCCUUCAAGCACAGGCCAUCAACAGGAGGUCCAACGAACCAGAAGAGCCCCAGUCAGAGUUCAUCAUCAAGGUGCAGGACAUCAACGACAAUGUCCCCCAGUUCCAGAAUGAGCCGUAUGUGUCCAGCAUCCCGGAGAUGUGUCCAACCGGGACCACAGUGGCCCAGGUGACAGCCACAGAUGCUGAUGAUCCCAUGUUUGGAAACAAUGCCAAGCUCAUCUAUUCCAUCCUGCAGGGGGAGCCCUACUUCUCUGUGGAGCCAAAGACGGGUAUUAUUGUAACAUCUUGGCCAAACAUGGACCGUGAGGCCAAAGAGGAGUACCUGGUGGUGGUACAGGUGAAGGAUAUGCUGGGCCUCAGUGGCGGUUAUUCCUCCUCCACCACAGUCACUGUCAGCCUGACUGAUGUCAACGACAAUGGACCCACAUUCCAGCACCAUUUGUACACCUUCGCUGUCCCUGAGAAUGCAGCCGUGGGCACCACAGUAGGCAGGAUUAUGGCAGAAGACAGCGACAUUGGCAUCAAUGCUAGAAUGACUUACAGUCUGGAGGACCUGGAGGAAAGCUCCACUUUUAUCAUUCAAACAGAUCCAGUAACGCAGGAGGGAGUGAUUCUACUGGCCAAGCCUUUGGACUAUGAAAAUAAGAGGCGUUUUGUGAUGGCUGCAGAGGCAGUCAAUGAACAUGUGGACACUCAUUUCCUGCCUCUGGAGGAGUUCAGGGACAGGACAACGUUGAAGAUUGUUGUGGAGGACGUGGACGAGCCACCUGUCUUCCUCACUCCGGUCUAUGAAUGGAAAGUUCCUGAAAAUGCAGCUGUGGGAACUACAGUUGGCAGUGUUAGUGCCAGAGACACUGACACAGUCAACAAUCCCAUCAGAUAUUCAAUUGACAAAAGGAGUGAUACCACAAAAGCUUUCAAAAUAGACCCAAACAAUGGAACUAUAACUGUUGCUAAAGCUUUGGACCGAGAGACUGCAAACUGGCACAAUGUGACUGUUGCAGCCAAGGAAACAAAGCAGAACCAUUUAUCCUCCUCUGUGGUGGUGUUCAUCAAAGUGCUGGACAUAAACGACAAUGUGCCAAGGCUUGCAAGAGAUUACCAGCCAUAUAUCUGUGAGGGGACACAAGCGGGAGAACUUAUUCAGCUGCUCAGUGCUGUGGAUCCAGACGACCCUGUGGAGGGACAUCACUUCUACUUCUCUAUGGUCCCUGAGAAACAUAUCAAUCCAAAUUUCACCAUAAGAGAUAAUCAAGACAACACAGCCGGCAUCAUGGCACGCAGGAGCACUUUUACCCGCAAGGAUCGGACCCAGUACCUCCUGCCUGUGGUGGUGACAGACAGCGGCUCACCAGCCCUCUCCAGCACCAACACUUUGACCAUCAGCGUAUGCAGCUGUCAUCCUGCAGGCCAUUGUCCCACAGGGGGGGUGGAGGCCCUCGCUCUGUCUAUGAGGGUCAGUCUGCAAACCUUGUUAGGGCUACUGGUCUGCCUGGUCACACUGACAGUGCUGUCAAUUCUAAUGCUGAUGGUGAGGAGACACAGGCGGAAACAGCAGGAGGGGCUGGAGGUGGAGGUGAAGGAGCUGGAGCUGCCUGAGACGGUGUCGCAAAAGGUGCUGUAUUACGGAGAACCGAGAUGUGGAGGAGAGGACCUGGAUUUCUGUCAGCCUGUCGUCCCGCUGCGCCCCCACCCGAGGAGGAGGGAGAGGAGGCUCCGAAGGGAGGACAUCAGGGCCAGCAUACGAAUGUCCCUCCUCAGAGAAGAGUCCCGACUCAUCGGUCCGGAGGAUGAGGUCUUCAAGCAGUUUAUUAUGGACAGGCUGGCAGAGGCAGAUCAGGAUCCUUACGUGCCCCCAUUUGACUGCCUGAGGACCUAUGCGUACGAGGGGUCAGGGUCUCCCACAGGGUCCCUGAGCUCAUUAGAGUCAUCUACCUUUGAGCUUGAACCUGAUCAACCAGUUUGCAGUCCCAGACCUUGCUUGGUCAGACUUACACCAUGGUAUGGCGGACAAGAUGAGGACACCUUCUGAGGGGCUCUUAUAAUUUUACAUGGCUGUUCUUCUAAAGUAGUCAAUAAUGACAAAGUUUGUGUCAAGAGCUGCACUUAAAGAUAAAAUCAACCCUUAUAUAACUUAACAUAAAAAAGCUAUUGUUGGCAUGCCUUGCAUAUCUGGACCCAUUUUUUUCUGCUGUAUUUUUUAUUCUAUAACAUGUUAUGACACUUCAGCUACAAUGGAGUGUAAGCAUUCAAAGCUAUAUGUUAUUAAUAUCAGUUUCACCCUUAAACCACCAUUUAGCAACAAUCAAACAUCAUCCAUUGUUGUCAUCCAUUGUUCUUAUUAUCACCAGAAAAAGACUUUACCAGACUUGAAUCAUAGAGGUAGCAGAACACUGUCAUUUGUUUUUGAAACAGUCAUAUGGGUUGAUUUGGAAGGCACUGGCAAAAAAUGUUCUUUGGGUAUAAGGGACUUGUUGCAUGGAAAAGCAGCAUCAAUAAACCAUUGUCUAAUCUAGCCACAAGACAGGUUACAUUAUGCAAAACCUCACUUUUUCUUCACUGGAUGAACUCUUACUCUGUUUUAUUCACAGUAGGCUACCAUGUUUCUAUCAUGCCCGCCCACCCACACUGGGAAUAAGUCACCAGUGAGUGAACAGGUUAGUCCACGCCCCGGUUGCUGGAGUCACAAGUGAAAGUCAGUUUGGCAGAUGGUUAAAAGAAAUGGAGGUGCAGCAGAAAAGGCGACUUAAGGGAAAAUGGAUACACCAAAAAUAUGUUAAAAUGCACUGACAUAACACUCAUUGAUAUGCUGAAAAAUGUAAGAGUAAGCUAUGUAUUCAUGCUAUAAUUACUGCCAUUAUUAGUGUGAAAAUAUUACACCGGCUGUAUAAUACAUGCAGUAUUACUGACCUGUGAAUUUUUAAUAUGAGAUACUAUCUGCAAUAGAAUAUCAUUCCGUCUUAAUCAGCAUUUUGGCUCAUAAUGGCUUGAAUAUGUAUUUGAAUUGUCCUGUAUGAAUUCAUAUAAUGUGUACUCCCAAUAUAUAUGUGUAAGGCCACAUGUUUUUGUUUCCUGAUUAGCUUUAUUCCCACAGAUAUGAAGAAUAUCCAUUAAAUAUCAAGUGUUUAACAUGCAUUAUGC